UGAUCGUUUAAAAGAAAACAUUUAACAAUCGAAUCGGUUAAUCGAUGUAUCGAUCAUUAUUCUUGCCUGGUGUUGGUUUUGAGAUUUUUUGUUCACUUGGUUUUUUGGUUUGGUUUGUAUUUGAUUGGAAUUGUAAAUUAAUUGUUCUUUACGGUUAAACUAAUUUAAAUUCUUUUUCUCUUUUAUUAAUUUUUCACAAUUAAUUUAUACCUUAUCACUUACUUAACCUGUGAAAAUUGUUUAGAGUCUAAAUUUGGGCUCUAAAUUACCAAUUACCAAAGUCUAAAUUUUCACUUUUCUAUCUUUUUCUCUCCUUUCUUUUCCUGUUCUUUUUUUGUCUGUUCAAUUGAUAAGCUAUGAUUUUCUGACUCUUGUUGUUAUCGUUUUUUUCUCUAUUCAACUCUACAAUAAACAAUCAAUAAAUAUGUCACUGGUCUUCAUAUUCCUUAAAAAACGUUUAUCUUCUGUUUCCAGUGUCAUAAAAGUUAAUUAGAGCCUUAAUUAUUAAAUUAUAUCACCUGGCUCAAAAUACAAAAUUACCCAAUUUACUGGCCAUGGAUGAUUUAGGCCUCAGCUCUCGGCUGUUAGGCUUCAAGACAAAGAUUGAUGAUGCCGUGGCCUUGGUUCCGGACAUGACAGCUGAAGAAAAGCUUAGAGCUGUACAAUUUUGGAAUGUUGUCUCUGAAAAAUUGCAGGGAAUUGUUAAUGACAGUGCUGCUGACAUUAAUGCGCUUAUACCUGAUGAAUUUGGGGAUGAUGAUUUAAAUAAAGAGACGAAAGAAUUGGUAGAAACCAUUGAAAAUAGUAAAAAUUUUGAUUUUGAUUCAAGCUUGACCAGUGGAACAAGUUUGACUGCUCAGCCUGAAGAUGAAUCACUCGAUUUUCCUGAUAUUGCGUCGACUAAUCUAUCGGAUACAGGUUUAGAUUCACCAGCAGACAGUUUAUCAGAUGCUAGAGUUAACGAUCCAACAUUAUCGUUAAAUUUAUCCAGCUCUGAACAAUCACCAACUGGGACAACUAAUAUUCAAUCUACUCCACCACACUCACGAUCACUUGUUGACACAGAUGCAAAUGAUACUCUUUCUAUGAAUGGAAAUCUAAAUGAAUCAAACGAUUGCGAGAUUGAUGUUGAUCAAUUAUCAGUAAUGGAAAAUGAAUCUCUUCACUUUUCUGCUGGUAAUGUUGAUGAAACUCAAAUUGGUGAUCUAACCAAUAUAAGUACAGAUGCAAAUGUCUUAUAUGGUUUGGAAUCAACUGAUCGAGCCAAUGUAAUCCAAUCAACAUCACCUAAACAACAUUUCAACAAUAAUACGACUGUUGAAUCAUCCAUUCAAGACAGUAACUCGAGUCUGGGAGAAAAUCUUGGAGCGGAAAGUGAGAGUAGUUUCAUCAGUGAAAGUGGAGAAAGUCUAAAUAUAGAUCGAUUUGGUGUCUCUCACGUUUCAUUAGAAAUGGAAACUGAUACUAAUUCACUUGAAACACUUAUGGUUAACCAAUCGACCACGAAUGGCCUAAUGGCGACAACAGUUGACAAUAAUAAGAUUUUAGAUCGAUCAAAUUCUAUCCAAUCGAAUGGAAAUGUUUCUCUCAAGGUGAACGAUGGUCAUAAAUGGACUCACACUAAAUCUUUUACUUGUGACGAAUGUGGAGCAAAAUUUUCCACCAAGGGUAAUCUUCUGGUCCAUCAGCGUCGACACACCGGCGAGAAGCCUUUCGCUUGUGACAAAUGUCCAGCCAUAUUUUCAACCAAGGGAAAUUUACGACGACAUAUUAAAGCUCAUAGCGGUGAAAGAUCAUGGAAAUGCGAAGUCUGUGGAUCAAAGUUCACAGAGAAGAAAAGUCUCAAGGUGCAUAUGCGUCGUCACACUGGAGAACGACCUUAUAAAUGUACAGUGUGUAACAAAGCCUUCUCCCAAACUGGAGUACUUCAAACUCACAUGGCUCUUCAUUUGGACGAAAGGAAAUAUCUCUGUGAGAUGUGUGGCAAAGCGUUUCGACAACGAUCUCAGCUUCGGUUACAUGUACUUCGACACGAGGGUGUUAAAAAAUGGGAUUGCUCCAAUUGUGCGGCUAAAUUUCUGACUAAAGGUGACCUGGAGCGACAUUUCCGUAUACACACUGGAGAGCGACCUUAUGUUUGUCCACUUUGUGGUAAAACUUUUACUCGACAACAAUCACUCAAUGAACACUCAAAUCGCCACCUUGGUUUGAAGCCAUAUAAUUGUGACAUUUGUCAUAAAAAAUUCUCGGAAAUGUCGGCCUGCUACAAGCAUAUCAAAAUCCACAAAAAGCAGCAACAAAAAUCUGAAUCCGAUAAUCCUGACCUCGUUAAUCAAGAUUUUCAAUCAAUGGAAUCAACUAUUGGCGAUCAUCUAUCUCAGCCAAUCCUUAACUGACAAUUUGAAACCGUUGGCAAUUAAGAUUUAACGAUUCGAAGCUUUUAAUUGUGUGUUGCUAUGAAGCCAUCGUCCAAGUUAAUCAUGAUUAGUUUCACUUAAUACUAAUGCAUCUUUCCAGCCAUUAAAAGACACCAUAAGGGUCUAAACACUCAUUAAGUAAUUUUUAAUAGUUAGAAGUUUUCUUUUUAUCUUUUAUGUGUUAGUUGUAAAUCAGCAACUACGAAAGUGAUUAAUACUUUUUCUUUUGUUUUCUCAA